AGAGAGGGAGGGAGAAACACACAGGAAAUGGCUCUAGAUGUUAAUAGGUGUUUCACCUUCCUUGGCCUCAGUUUCUUGUGUCCAGUCGGUUCAUUCAUGAAUAAUUUUUCCUGCAGCUCCUACUAUGUGCUGUGUAUCCCUACACAACAGCUCCACCACGAAUCUCUAAAGAGCAAUUUUCACUCUGAUCUGCUGACCCCAAAUCCACCCACUUCAUCCGCAGGCUCCUCCCUGUGGGUCCUGCCCUUUCCCCCUCCUUUACCGACAGCGGGCAUUACCGGGAGACCCCUGAGUCUCAGAAUGGGAACCCCUGUGUCUAGCCCUUGGCCUCCUGCUGCCCUGCCCACGGGCCCCAGGAGGGAGGUGGGGAAGCAGGAGCGGACAAGCGUCCAGCUGCAGCUGGUCGAGCUGCACCGGCCUGGAAGCAGCUUAGGUUCCUAGUUCCCACUGGGGCCAGAGUGACACCUGAUCCUGGGGGAUUGUGAAACGGCAAGAGGUUGCAGCCGGCCCGCCUGCCUUGUCCGCGGAGCCCUCUACCCGCACGGCUUCGGCCCCGCCCCUACCCCACGCCCCCCAGGAAAGCGGUUAAAUCCCCCCUUCCGGGCAGCGCCUCACUCCCGCCCCGGCGAGCACCAUGCCUACCUGCCGCCUCGGUCUGCUCGUCGCCGCCCUCCUCCUUGGCCUGCUGCUGAGCCUCCCCCCGGUCACAGGCACAGGAGCAGAGAAAUCAGGCGUGUGCCCCGCGCUAGAGGCGGACCUGAACUGCACGCAGGAGUGCCUCUCGGAUGGGGAAUGCGCGGACAAUCUCAAGUGCUGCCGGGCCGGCUGCGCCACCGUCUGCCAGAUGCCCAACGAAAAGAAGGGUUCCUGCCCUCAGGUGGACAUCGCCUUCCCCCAGCUCGGCCUCUGCAUGGACCAGUGCCAGGUGGACAGCCAGUGUCCUGGUCUGUUGAAAUGCUGCCACAAUGGUUGCGGGAAGGUGUCCUGUGUCACACCUGUCUUCUGAGCCACCAGCCUGAGGAGUGGGGGAGUGGAAGUGUCUGCCUGGCCCUGUCUGGCUCCAGCCCAGCUGCCCUCCUCCCUUCCUGGCCUCUGUGCUCCCCUCCUGAGCGGCCACAGCUGCUUCUUUUCCAACCAAUAAAGUGACCACUUCCAGCACCGA